GCCAACCCACCCCAUGUGACCAGUAAGUUGCCCUGCAGGCUGUGCAGGCUGUGGCAGGGGCUUUCCCUCGUGUGCUUGUGUAAAGCCUAACUUGACAGGGAUCGACAUCCCAGCUGGCAAUGCCAUUUGCUAGAAGAAUAUACAUUUUAAAAAUGACUUUUCUCGCUGAAGCAUAGGCCCGAUGUUGCUUUAGCGAAGCGAGGGACAGCGUUGGCACUGCCUUUGCCAGCGUAACGGCCCAGCGAGCGACAAGCACGGGCACCCGGCGGCCGCUCGGAGAGAAACCCGUCCCGCUGAGGCGGGGAGCGGCCGGCGGGGGAACUCCAGCUCCGCGACACGGGAGCGCCCUGGGCCCUCACCGGGACGGCCGCGAGGGCCGGGCCGGGGCGGGGAGCGGGGAGCGGGGAGCGAGGAGCGGGGGCCGCCCCCUGCAGGCUGGGCCGCAGCCACCGCCCGGGCUCGGAGAAGGCGGCGCAGGCAGCGCGGCGGCAGGUGCGGGCAGGGCGCGGGGAGCCCGGCGGGAGACAACCUACUGCUGCCAGGGCUUCUGAUGAAUAGGAGCAAAAGCUUGUCUCUGCUCACACGUUCAGACCUAUUUGAACUGCCUCUGUGUCCUAUGUGGGCAUUACAGAUCAGACCUGCCUACAAUCGCAAAACAAAUAUAGGACUUUUUUUUAACUGUAAACUUUGGCAAGUGUGUGCCCGUGCCAUGCAUCUGCGUAGGGGUGUGUGUGUGUUUGUGCCAUCCUCGCUCAUAGAGUAGCAAAAUACCUGGGGCAAAUUUCAGAGAAUCACUUAAGCUGUUUUACUAGUGCUCACUUUCUUCAAGAUGCAGUGAUCACAAGCUACCCUCUUCAAAUGAAGAGCCCUGCUCAGUGUACAGCUCCCAGACACUCUCCUCCAGCAACAAAACUGCUGAACAGCUGGCUCUGGAUGUUAAACCAUGUGCAGUGUCUGUGCCAUCAGAGUCCGUCUGACCUGCAGCAGAAGCAGCUUGUGCUGUGCUGCGUUUUUGUUAAUCGUCUGGAGACCUGUGGUGGUGCUGUUAUGCUCUGUGAAGGAUUUUCAUGAUUGGAAUUGACUGCAUCUCCUGGGUCUGAAACGCAGACAGGCAAAGAGUGUUUUUCAGGUUUGAUAGCUAUGGUGGAUCUUUGAUUGUGGUUUCUUCUACAUUGCGACACUGAAAACAAUGGCGAAAGAAUAUAUAAAGAACUGCUGUAAAUGGUGCUUCUAUGCGGAAAAAGAAGAAAACGAUCCAGUUUCCAUGGUACAGGAAUCUGAAGCAGUAGCUGCAAGAAAGCCAGCUAUUGUAGAGCAACCUCCAUUGUCUUCUGUGUCAGUGAAGCGGCAAGUUGGCUGUUCAGAGGAUUAUCUGCUUUCUAAACUGCCCUUGGAUGGUCAGGAAGUACCAUUUGUGGUCCCCCCAUUCAAACUGGCUUAUGUACAGCCCAAAAACCUUCCUAGUGCCUCACAUGCUGGAGGGAUUCAAGAAUCUGCCAGAGCUUCAUUUGGUGAUCGGAAAGCAGAAAUGCGCAGCAUGUACCAGUGGCCCCAGUAUGCUGUGUACAACCCAUUCUAUUUGGAGCAGCAUGUUUCACCAGAUCUGAUUAGGCGUUUCCAACCAAAAUCACAUAAUAGGAAAUUAUACGGAUCAGUUAACGAUUUAAGAACUAGUGGUUUGCCUGGAUCGCUUGAUUUAAGUCAUUCAAUGUUUGAUCUCAGAAGCCCACCUCAUCGAUUCAUGAAGAGAUACGAUUCAUUCUCCAGUGUACCUAGCAGUACCUCCUCCAGGAAGGAAUCACAAGGCAGUAACAGGAGUCUUGAUACUAUUACAUUAUCAGGUGAUGAACGAGACUUUGGAAGACUGAAUGUAAAGCUGUGUUACGUUUCUUCUGCGGAACAGAUCUGGAUCACAGUUUUACAUUGCAAAGACCUGAGCUGGCCUUCUAGUUGUGGAGAAAAUCCUCUUAUCUAUGUCAAGGGAAUUCUCACACUGCCUAAACCAGUGCAGUUCAAAUCCUCUGCCAAGGAAGGGUGCAAUGACAUUGAAUUUAUGGAAACUUUUGUAUUUGCUAUUAAACUGCAAAGCCUCCAGGCUGUCAGAUUGGUAUUUAAAAUCCAGACACAGGCUCCUAGGAGAAGAACAAUUGGAGAGUGCUCCUUGGCAUUGCGGGAGCUCAGCUCAGAGGAGUCAAGUCAUUGGCUGGAUAUAUCUCCUCCUUCCAAAUCAUCUGUGUGCCGUGCAGAGCUUCAAGUAGGAACUUGUUUUCAAGCAAUAAACAGGAGGAUUCAGUUACAGAUUCUUGAAGCACAAAACCUUCCAAUUUCAUCUACACCGCUGUCUUUAUAUUUCUUUGUUAAAGUUGGAAUGUUUAGUACAGAAGGGCUGAUGUAUAAGAAGAAGACACGUCUUCUGAAAUCUACUAACGGCCAAGUGAGGUGGGAAGAAAUGAUGAUUUUUCCAGUUAGCCAAGCUGAACAAGGAAUUAGUUUUCUCAUCAAACUCUACAGCAGAAGCUCAGUGAGAAGAAAACACUUCCUAGGACAGAUCUGGAUAAGUUCUGAUAGCAAUAACAGUGAAGCAGUAGAGCAGUGGGAAGAUACCAUCGCUAACCCUGAAAAAGUUGUUGUUAAAUGGUACAGCCUUGGUCCAUCUUGAAGACUGGAGAUGAAACUCAGGACUGAUUUUUCUACAAAGAUAUGCUUUUUAAAAUAGUAUAAAUUUAAAGAAAAAUAUUGUCUACACAAGUUGUUCAGAAGGACUCCACUGAAUCAACACCUCCAUGUUAACUGGAAAAAUUAAGUUUCACAAAGAGAAAUACUGGCUUAAAUAUUAUUAAGAGGAAGACUUAGAAAAUGGGAAGAGCACUCACUUGAUAUUUAAAAAUCCACCAGGAAAAAUAAAUAUUUGCUCCUUUUAGGCUCUGCAAGAGUAUAGAAACCCAGUCUUUACUAGUCACAGACUUCAUCCUCAUCUGUAAUCUUGUCUUUGGCAAAGACAAGAUUUUUUUCCAUGAGAAUCAGUCUGAUUAGUGGCUUGAUCCUAGGUACCUCUAAGCCUCUGUGGCUGCACGUGUAUUGACACCAUUUGACCAGAGUAAUGUGUGCCUCAGCAAGUGGGAAAGCUGUGGCUGUAGCAGGAGGCAUAAAGGGAGCAAUGCAAUAAUGCAGCACCCAGCGGCUUUUCUAAUCUUUGCCUCUGGUGAAGGGUUGCACAGUGUGCCAGUAUCUUGGGUUUUCCCCCAUCCUUCUCACUAGUUUAAACAGAGGGAUUGAAAAACAAGUUUCUCUGACUAACUGUGAUCUUUUCAAGUGGGGCCCUCCAGAUUUGCUUUGUUUGGUGACUGCUAGUUGGAAUGAGUGGAAUAAUGCAAAGAGGUAUCAACUCUGCCUAGGAUCAGGGCCAGAUUUUUUAGAUAAAUUAUUUUUAUUAUAUAUAAUUCUAAUAAGUAAAUGACUUCCUAUCUAAUCAACAGUCUUCUACCAUUUGCUUAGUUUACUAAAAGCCAGACCAACAUACUAAGGAGUAAGCAAAUAUUUACUGAUAUAAGUGCUUUUUUAUGCUAAUUAAAAAGCAGAACAGUAAAGGAAUUGGGUUUUGUUUAAAAGAUGGGCUACUACUGCAUAAAUAUUUGUUACAUGUACAGGGUGCUGAAAAUAUGUGUGGGUAUAUAUUUGUUACUUGUUUUCAGCAAGAAGAAAUUACCAUAUUUUUAUUGCAAAUGAUAUUUUUCCUAUAAAAUCCAAAGAUUAUUUUUCUACUAGUCCCCAUAUUUUCAGUGGUCUAUUCAUAGUUAUUAUUAAGGGGGGAAAAUGCCAUGUAUAUAGUAUAUAAUAUAUACUUAUAAAAACAAAGACCUUUUUGCACUGCAUUAACUACUGGAUUUAACAAAAAUAUAUUCCAUUAAAUUCAGUGCUUACACAUUUAGUGUUGGCUGUCUGAGCUGCUCAAGUAUGUGUUUGUAUAGACACUGAAUAACAGUAUCUUUUUUAUAACUUGGAAACCAUUCAAACAUCUGACACAAGGACUGGAGUGGUGGUGAGAGCACUCACUGCUUGAAGGCAAAGGAACAGUGGGGGGCAGAGAAAACACUGUAACAGGAAAGCAUGUUGUUUUUAAGCAGAGAGCUCAAAGCUGCUUUAUUUUAGCCAUUUUGACUUCAAAUAAAGGCAAAAAGGGGAAAAAAAGGAAUCUUAAUCUUUUCAUCAGUUGUUAAUUGAAGCUUUUUAAACUUAAACCAUCUAGAUUUUUGUUGGUGAAAUUUAAGGUUUUCAAAAUUAGAAAACAAAAGGACUUUUCUAGGCUCUUACAAGCUCAGCUUUUUGACCAGUUUUUAUAAAUGAACUGAAACAGUUUUUGCAUGUUACUUGGAGAACAGACAUUGGUUCUUGCUCUUACAGAUGCUCCUUGCAGAGUUCCCACUAAGCCCACUGGGUCUGGACUUGCAAUGCCAGCUUUCAUCCAGCUAUGGUACUUGGGAUGAGCCUGGCCUGUCAGGUAAAAUGAAAAAGGGAAUUGGACUGAGCUGAUGUUCUUGGAGUGUCUUCACUUGAAUACGUGGAUCUUUUUUAUUCAUUGUGGCUGAACUGCGGUAAACAAAAGUGCAAACUGUUUCCUUAUGCAGAAUGCUGUUCCCUUUGAAAGAGAGGACAGGGAAUAUUCCAGUGUUUUGGAGGAUACAGUCACCACAAAAGUGGCUCUACAGCAAUUGCCAGCUCAGUGGAUAUUGUGUAAAAUGGACUUUGUUGGCUAUUUUUAGGACACUUAGCCUUAUAAAGGCCUAACUAGUAACGUCUCGUUUUUCCUAUGUUAAUAUUUAAUCUGCGUGUUUAUAAUAAAAGUUAAGAAC